GCUUUCAGUAUCUUUCAGUCAUUCUGCUAGAAAACUUUGAGCGGAUUGAUAUUACGUUGUAGUAAAAUAUACUGUACUCGUGGAAGUUGAAACAUAUAGCACAGCAUCCGUUGCCACAUAUUAGUUGCUGUGCAGUCAAAAUAAUAUUAUAAUAAAACAUCAGUUUACAAAAUGCAGUUGUCACUAACAGUCUUGUUUUUAAGCGCAAUUUUCAUCAAUAAUGUUGAGUCGACAUCGUAUAAAGUUACAAAUCAGGUAUAUUUCGAAAUAAUGAUUGAUGAUUAUCCAAUCGGUCGAAUGGUAAUUGGACUAUUUGGUGAAGCAGCACCAAAAACAGUUAAAAAUUUUUUAACAAUUGCAACAAAUGGUAUCAAUGGAAGAACUUAUUCAGGCACUAAAUUUCAUCGUGUUAUUAAAAAAUUUAUGAUUCAAGGUGGUGAUGUUGAUAAGGGUGAUGGUAGUGGUUCAAUAAGUAUUUAUGGUAAAUAUUUUGAUGAUGAAGAUACUGGUAUAAAUCAUGCUGGUCCUGGUUUUGUCAGCAUGGCAAAUGCUGGAAAAAAUACAAAUGGUUGUCAAUUUUUUAUUACAACAAUUGCAACACCUUGGCUAGAUGGACAUCACACUGUUUUUGGAAAAGUAAUUGAAGGCCAUGAAGUAUUAUUUAAAAUUGAACAAACAAAAACUGAUUCUGAUGAUGUGCCAGUAUCACCAGUUGUUGUACUUGAAAGUGGUGAAAUACCAGUUACAGCACCUUUCUACGUGUCUGAUGAUCCAUACGAUUUAUGGGAAUGGAUCAAAGCAACUGCAAUUCCACUGUCUUUUAGUUUUGCAAUUCUUGGAUUUUUUCAAUGGAUGAUAAGAAAGUUGGACGUAUAA